CGCUAAUUUCAGCCGUGUUCUCUUCUCUCUCGUUCGAGAGAUUUAUACUACGUGUAUAAAAAGCAUCGUCCAACAGAGGUACCUUUGCUGCGCCUCUCGAUCUCUAGCUAUAGCCCGUAGCUAGCUAGCCCUCCCGGCGAAUCGGCCGAUCAGCCGGUCGGGAACGAUGAAGAAAGAUGAUGACCUCGAGUCGGCGCUGCUGGCCGCCAAAGAGCCCGCGCCGGCGCCCGCCAAGGGCUACGCGUACGCGCUCACCUGCGCGCUCCUGGCUUCCCUCACCUCCAUCAUCUACGGCUACAACCGCGGGGUGAUGAGCGGGGCGCAGAAGUUCGUGCAGGCCGACCUCGGCGUCACGGACGCGCAGCUGGAGGUGCUCAUCGGCGCCACCAGCGUCUACUCCCUCGUCGGCUCGCUGGCGGCGGGCUGGGCGUGCGACCGCGCGGGCCGGCGCCGCACCAUCGCGCUGUCGGCGGCCUUGUUCCUCGCCGGCUCAGCCGUCACCGCCGCCGCCGACGGCUACGCCGCGCUCAUGGCGGGCCAGUUCGUCGCCGGCGUGGCCUGCGGAUUCGGCCUCGUCGUCGCUCCCGUCUACAUCGCGGAGAUCUCGCCGGCCAACGCUCGGGGCUUCCUCUCCUCCAUCCCCGAGAUCGCCGGCAACUCGGGCAUCCUGCUGAGCUACAUCGCCGACUUCGCGCUCGCCGGCCUCCCGACGCCACUCAACUGGCGCCUGAUGAUCGGCAUCGGCGCCGUCCCUCCUCUAUUCCUAGCGGCCGCGGCCGCGCUUGCCAUGCCGGAGACCCCGCGCUGGCUCGUCCUCCACGGCCACCGCGACGAGGCGCGCCGCGUGCUGGAGCGCACGGUGGGGGACGCGGACCGCCGGCUCCAGGAGAUCUUGACGUCCGUGCAGGAGGCCACGAAGCAGGCGGGCUCCGGCGGCGGCGACGCGCCGUCGUCGGCGAGCGUGCGGCGCGAGAUCCUGCUCCGGCCGACGCCCGCCGUCCGCCGCGUGAUGCUGGCCAUCCUGGGGCUGCAGGUGUUCCAGCAGGCGUGCGGCGUGGCGGCCAUGGUGCUGUACGCCCCGCGCGUGUUCAGCCACGUCGGGAUCACCUCCGAGCGCGACGUGCUCGGCGCCACCGUCCUCCUCGGCGCCGCCAAGACGGUGGCGAUCGUCGUCCCUCUGUUCCUCGCCGACAGCCUCGGCCGCCGGCCCAUGCUGCUCACCAGCGCGGGCGGCAUGGCCGCGUCGCUUCUGGUCCUCGGCCUGUCCAUACGCGCGACGUCGGCCGCGACGUGCGUCGCCGCCGCCGUGGCGUUCAUGGCGACCUUCUCGCUGGGGUUCGGACCCGUGAUCUGGAUGUACGGGUCGGAGAUCCUGCCGCUGCGGCUGCGCGCGCAGGGGACUGGCGUCGGGACGGCGGUCAACCGGGUGAUGAGCGCCAUCGUGGGGAUGACCUUCAUCCCGAUGUACGAGGCGGUGGGCAUGGCCGGGACCUUCUACAUCUUCGCGGCGAUGUCCGCGGCGGCGUGGGUGUUCGUCUACGCGUGCCUGCCUGAGACCAAGGGGAGGAGCCUCGAGGAGAUGGAGGCACUCUUCGACGCCGGUGCUGCGCCGUCGCCACGGGCGGCGUUGUCGUGACGUUCCAGACACCGAGUACACAGAUGCAUCAUGUCCACGCAAGGAACAAGCACGUGAUGACAUGAAGUUGUCAGGUGUGCAGUGUAGCAAGGUUAGACAGGGGCUAGUGUAUUUGUAAGCAGCCAAGAUGCCGUCGACGAAUAGUUUUGUACUCUUGUCAUUUGAAUGGGUUGAUUAUCCGGUA